AUGAGUCGCGCAUCUCCUGACUGGAAACCCAAAAAAUCAAAGAGCGAGCAGCGAGACGAUAGGAGAAAAGCAAGAAAACUGGAAGCCGAGUCUUUUGAAGACUUGACCAAACGACUCGGGACGCUGUCUAAGCUUCAGCAGAUGCACGAGGAGCUGCGUGCGGACAAGUAUUCCUGUCUCGGCGUCACGGAGUCUGACCUUGGAUCGCCCGGCCAUACGCCUCAGAAGUAUCGUGAUGCUUAUCAGGACUUUACUGAUCUGUACGGUCAUCUUUUUGACGACGAGAAUUCUAUUGCCGGUACGAAUGAAGACGAAUAUGAGAAACAUACUGAGGAUACUGACGAGGAUAUGGAAGAUGACUGCAAAUUGAUGCCUCGCUAUGCGCGCAAGAAUAGGCCAGAUGACGACAACGAGAGCAUUGCCUCUGAUUCUACGACUGCAUCAGAGAAAUACAAUAUGUAUAACAUUUCUGAAUCCGUCCUGCGCAUGGCUACCGGCUUUCCAGGCUGGGUCCCUGACUACGGCAACAAGAAGGCAAGAGAGUACGGCUCCAACUCCUCCGUUUCAUCCGUCUCUCCUCCAGCAGAUCGAGAGAUGAAGGAAUUUGGCUCUGUAUCGGUAUCCAGCUCGCCUCAGGCAAGCGUCGAGGGCAUGGAGUGCGAAUCAGACUUGUUAUCAGAAUCGGUUGAAUCCGUCUCCCCUCCAGCACACCUCGGGGGCAUGGACACUGACUCCGACUCGGACUCAGUUGGAUCUGUCUCUUCCCCUACCGAGGUCAAGGAAAUGGAAGUCGACUCUGACUCUAAUGAAUCUGAAUCUAUUCUUCCCAGCAUCGAGUUCGACUACGAAACCGAGCGUCCAGCUGUCCAGCAAGCGAAAGACUCCGAUGAAACACUCUCUGACUCCAAUAAUGAGGAAGAUUCUGAUGGUUCUAUGUCAAUCACCAGCACCAGCUACGAUAGCCCUCGUCGUACCAACAAGCCCGUUAACCAUCAGUUCUUCUAUCUCCAUCACCGAAUGGUGAAGCGUGAUGCUCCAUUCUACGCUGUGAACGGUAAUACCAAACGUCCAAAGGUGAGUCGAGUUCCCUCUCACUUCUCUUCCACUUUCAGCUAG